AUGUUAGUUAAUUAAAUGAAAUGUAUGUUUUGUGAAAAACUACGAAAUGAUGGAUCAUUUCACCUUAUACUCAAGAGAGCCUUGUAUUGCAAAUACUCUCAAUCAUAAAACUUUUUUUAUGAAAAACACAUAAAUGACAUAAUUGAAGAUCGAUGUGUGAAAUGCAACAUCCAUUAUAAAGAUCAUUUGAACUUUAAUGAUUAAAAUGAGUACAUGCGGAGGUAUAUACCCUCAACCAACUGAUCUAGAUAUUAUCGUUUUUUCGAAAGUGAAGAUCGAUUGCCAGCCUUACUUGAAUACUAUAAAUAUCAUAUCAAUAUACCUAGAAAUUUCUGUUCAAUUAUAAUUAAGAAAAAAGAAUGGAAAGAAAUAGAGAACUAUAAUAUUGUAAAAUUAAACAACAAUUAGGUCUCUAUUAAAAUAUCAAAUAAGAUUCUUCAUAGAAAAUCAAAGAUACCUCUGAGGAUCAAUCUGUAAGUUAAAUGAAAAACUUAUUAAAAGAUUUAAAAAUUGAAUCAACUCAAACUAACAUUUCUACAAAUUCCACUAUUUUAAAAGAUCUUGUUAAAAUGAUUGGAAACAAUGUUCAAAAAUCUUAACCAUUUCAAAUACUCAAUUAUAAUAAAAUCAUUCAAAAAAAAAUCAAUCCUGUCAUUGAAGCCUAAAAACUAAAAUAUAAAUAAAUUGAAACUAAUCUAAUUUAAGUAAAAGAAAAUAAAAUUAAAAUUAUUAAAUCCCCUCCUAAAACAGAACGUAAUAUAAGAUCUCCUUAAUUAUCUAGAUAAUCAUCAAAUACAAAAAUUAAAAUAGAAAAUCAAACUACAAAACAACCUCCUUAAUUAAAAUCUAGAUAAGCAUCAUUAGGUAAUAUUGAAUUAACAAAGUCUUGUUAAAAUACUGCUAGAAAUAAUAUUUAAUAAAAUGAAAUAUUAUUAGAAUUAGCAAAAAAAGUAUUCUCAACUAAAAUUGCAUUUAAUAAUAAUUUAUUAACCAAAAAGAAACCAAUUCCAUAUUAAACUAAUAAUUUUUUUGUUAAAGGUAGAAUUAAUUUAUAAUUCAAUAUCAAAAAUGUGGAAGAAAUUAAAAGUUUAACUAUUCGACACAAGACUCCAAGUUAAUUAAUAAAAUCACAUUAAGGAACUCCAAAUUAUAAAAAGAAAUAAUUAUGA